AAAAAAAAAGAAAAACUUAAAAUAUCCUUUUGAAAACAGUACCCCAAUGCAAACGUAUUUUGUCCAUUUCAAACACAACGGUCGAGUCUAAAAGGAGGGAAACGCAUGCUCGCUUAUAGUUGGUGGCGACGUGCAGCGGUUCUGAUUUGCAUGGCUGGCUAUAAAAAGAGGAGCCGAAACAGUUGCGACAUUCUGAUUUUCAUGUGUGAAAUCUGCAACAAUGCCUGAACCAAAAGCCGCGCCAGCCCCCAAGAAGGGCUCGAAGAAAGCUGUCUCUAAGAGUCAGGCUAAGGGUGGGAAGAAGCGGAGAAAGUCCAGGAAGGAAAGCUACUCCAUUUACGUGUACAAAGUACUGAAGCAAGUUCACCCCGACACUGGUAUUUCUUCUAAAGCAAUGGGUAUUAUGAAUUCGUUUGUGAACGACAUCUUUGAGCGCAUCGCCGGUGAGGCUUCCCGUUUAGCGCACUACAACAAGCGCUCAACUAUUUCUUCAAGGGAAAUCCAGACUGCUGUGAGAUUGCUGCUGCCGGGUGAGCUUGCGAAGCACGCCGUGUCCGAGGGUACAAAGGCCGUCACCAAGUAUACCAGCUCUAAGUAAAUGGUGUAGUUGUGCCAGAAUCCAACGGCUCU